CUAGAAAGGACCACCGCAGCCUUGCGCGUCCACCCCUACGGCCUCCCCUCUUCCUCCGUACAUCCCCCACAAUUUCGCCACAUUUUUGGCAAUCCAACUUGCUCUCCUUCCUCCACUACGCUGCCUUUGGCCCCCCCUCCUCUUGCCUUCCUUCCAGCCGUGUCGAUUGCAUAACAGCCAAAACAGAAACGGACAAACAGACUCCGUGCCAUCCCACCCGCUCGACAACCCUCCUUUCUCCUCGUCUUUCCCUCCUGUUUUCUGUUUGUGAGAGUAAGAUAAUAAACAAAGAAAGAGAAAAGAAAAUCGGGGAAAAUAAAAGAGGGAAGGCUGGGAGGUUUAAUGGUGCUGGUGAGUAGUGAGAGUAGUGAGCCAAUAUCAUCAUCAUCAGUAGUGCACCGUCGUGUUAGCCGGAGGAACAUGGACGGCGGCUCAGCGGAUCACAGCACCCAUCGUUGCUGUUCCUCCUCUUAUUCGCCCGUCGCCAGCGAGACAGCGCCAGUUGCCGCGUGCCGCCCCUCCUUCCGUUGCCCAAGAACCAGUGCCCUCUGCUCUUCUCCUGCCGCUAGAGACGUCGACGCAUGAUCUCCGCCCUGCUCUCCCCUCCUUAUCUCCCUCCUCCUCCUCCUCCUUCUCCUAUUGGCCCUUGAAGAAUUGGGGCACCGGGUCCGAUGCUUUCAGCCACCAUGGCAUCCGUCCUCUCCUCAACGUGGAGCGGCGGCUGGACUCGCUCUCUCAGGUAUGAUCGUCAUCGUCGUGGAUGGGACUGGAACGGGAAGAAGACGAGGCGCGUGGGGAACCCCCUCCCCCGGCCGUUGCUUCCCCAACGCUCUGCAGUCAGGCGAGCGAUCCACGCUCCGGUUCCGAUCUCAAGAUUCUAAAGAUUGCCAGGGAAAAGUUCGCCCAGGAGAUCUCCUUCAAGUCCGAGGACAAAGACGUCUCUCUUGCCAGGGCUUUGCUAUAUAUUGCUGCUGAAGAUGAAGCUUUUAUGGCUUUUCACCGGGAUAUGGAUAUGUGCUCAUUUGUAAAUGAAAGAAAGGAUACUGCAGUUCCUUUCAAGGCUGAACUGGAAGUUAGUAAUGUAGAAGAUAUUUCUUUAGCUGGCAAGAGCGUAUUUGGGUGGUUAAAUGAAUUAGAUACAAUAGCAAAGGAAGUGGAAGCGGAGUUAGUCUCAAGAGACAUAGGAUGCCAUUUGGAGGGAGUGUUGGAGGCUGUUAAUGCUGUUCUUUUUGAAUCAAGAGGCUUCAAAAGAUUUCCUGUGUUUCUGGAUUCAAAGUUUUCAUACUUGCAUAUGGCACUUAGCUGUGGAUGUGGCAGUGCUAUCAUGCUUAGCAUUAUUUAUAUUGAAAUUUGUCGAAGACUCGGUAUUACCAUUGUUGGUUCGUGUGUUGGAGAAGAUUUUUUGAUUUGGCCCCAGACAGGGAAUCCAGAGGAACUUUUCAGGGCUUCUUCAGGAUGUAGCUUGUUUGCCAUUAUUAAUGGCAGCUGUGUUCAGGAUCCUAGAUCAAAGGCUUCUGACUUGAACAGUAAAUCACUUUUAGAGCUUGAUAUUGCAACUAACAGAGAUAUCAUUGGGAUUGCUCUGGCUAAUCUAAUCAGACUUCAUUGGAAACGCGCAUCAAGGGCGAACUGGGGGUUGAUGUUAACUUCUCCACUUAGACCAGUUCAUCCUGGGAAUGACAAGGCUAACAUGGUGGAGAGCACAAGGGAUCCACUAUUCCGGCCCCAAGAGCUCAGGUUGGCAAUUAUGGCUUCAGAAAGAUUGUUGAUUCUUCAGCCUCAUAACUGGAGAUUAAGGAGAGACCAUGGCAUGCUUUUAUACUUUAGCAGGAGGUAUGGAGAAGCAGUUCAAGAACUUAGCAUUUGCAUGGCCUUUGCACCGGAGGAGGAGGCAGAGGUCCUGGAACCAUUUGUUGAGAAGCUGCAUCUUCUCCGUCUUUUAUCAUCCUGGGAAUCUUGGGAGCAGGCUGGCUCAGUUGCAAUUUUUUAGACGUCUGAACAGUUCUAGUUUUGAUAUUUCCUUUCAGCUUUGCAGAUGCCAUUGUAGUUUGACUGUCUAGGUUCUUGCUGCAUACACCUUAUCGCAGUACAUCAUUGACUUGGUGUGGAUGCCACCAGAACUGGUACUGCAGCAUUCUUGAUCAUCACAAGGUUUCCCUUUGUUUUAACCAGCAUUCACGUCUUGUCUUCAAUCCAUGAAUAGUUUACUUGUGCCCUUAUAGUUUAUUAUUUAGCCACUGGAUCUC